ACUAGAUCUAUUUAUCACAAAAACUAGUUUCUUGCAUUAAUUCAAAAUGGAGAAAAUAGAAACCAAAAAACGAAAACAUAGUGAAACUGAGAAUGAUGCCGGGAAUAAGUGUCUAUCUUCUAUUUUUAAAGAUUUUAAAUUAAUUAAAGUGCUUCGGGAAGAUGCUCGACAUAAGUUGAUCACUUUGCAUGGUACAAUGCCUAUUCCCGAGAGAGUUGCCGGUGUCGAGGAUGGUUCAAAAACGUGUGAAAAUCAUGAUGAUGAUCAUAUUAUUAUUAAUAAUGAUGCUGUUGUAAUUUUGGAGAGAAAUGCUUUCAAUACGUCUUCCUUAGUAGACAAUAUACGUUUGACUGAAACACUGGAAACUUUACACAACGAUAUUUACAGUACACAUAACGUAUUUAACUUUAAGGAUAUUGUUAACGCUGAUAUCAAAGCGACUGUUAUUUGCCCAGCUACUGACAAGCAUAUAAUUAAAUACUCAGAGCAUGAACCAUUCAUCAUUCAUGAAACUCAGCACUUGUAUAACACUGUCACCUUGCCAUGUAUACAAAAUAGCAAUUUAAGUUUACAGUGGGUGUACAACAUACUAGAAAAGAAAAAAGAGGCUGAUCGAAUCAUUGUAGAUGAUCCAGAUCCUGAUGUUGGUUUUGUCAUGGUCCCUGACAUGAAAUGGGACAGAAAACACAUGGAUGCUCUCUACGCGGUCGCCAUAGUACACAAGCGUGGCAUAAAGUCUAUUCGUGACCUCAGAGGGGAACACCUACCUUUGUUAGAAAAUAUUCUCAAGUUAGGGCAGACAGCUAUAAAAGAGAAGUUUAAUGUGACUUCAGACAAGCUGCGUGUGUACUUCCAUUAUCAGCCAUCCUACUAUCACCUCCACGUCCACUUCACACAUGUCAAGUUUGAUGCACCAGGUUCAGAUGUACUCAGAGCCCACCUCAUACAGGAAGUGAUGGACAAUAUCGCAAUGGACUCCGAAUAUUACAAAAACAGGACUCUUUCUUUUGUUGUCAGAGAAAAUGAUGUGUUGUAUCAGAAAUAUAAAGACAGUGGGUAUUUCAGUUAGUAAGAAUAUUUGUCUUCAGAAUCUAGUCUCUGUAAAAUAAACUCAUUUUUAAGGUAAACAUCAUUAUGUCAUUCAUUCAUACAUUAUGUUAUUGUCUAAUUCGCAAAUUUUGAGAAUUUGUUUUUAAAUAGUAUUUCUCUAAACAACGUAUAAGUGCUAUAUUUUUGUUUCAUUUAUGGGUGUCACAGAUGCCAAGUGUUAAUGUUUUAUGUAUUCAUUUUAAUUUUGCAACAUUAUCAACAUGGAACUAGGUCUUAGUCCUAUUACUUUUAAAAUGUUUGGAUUCUAAUUCCUAUAACCAGAUUCUUAUCAGCUGAGAAAACUUUUAAUAGGUAACAGAGCUCUUUAAAAUGAUACUUUCAGAAUGUAUUUUCUGGGUUUAUCUGUUUAAAGUUUCUUUCUAGGCUUAGUGACCCUUUAUAUCGUGAAGUUUUUGCAAUUUCUGUGACCAAUGGGGAUGACUGGGUUGUCUUGUUGCAUGCACUCUGGACUGUUGUCUUGAUGGCUCCAUCUUCGUACUAUGUCCAUCACUAGCUACUGCCAUCCUGUAAUGGAUUUAGGCUUAAAGGAUUGUCUAAAACACUUCAUAUGAGGAUCUCUUGUGGCAGCUAAAUGAUAACAAAAAAUUUUGACAAAAUAGAUAGGGUACAUAGACAUUUUAAAAUUGAUAAUAUUUCAUUAAAUUAAACAAUAAAUGUAAACUUUUAAUGAGAAGAGUCCAGGGCUCUCAUUUCCUCACCUAAGUGCUUUUUAGCUUUUUACCAUUCAGCACCUUUUUUUUUUUUAAUCUGUUAAUACAAAAACAAAUAAACAACAUGUAUAGGUGUAUCAGAUAGAACUAGCUUAUCUUAUCUUUUAAAAUAUAGACAUUACUUCAAAAAAGAAGAUGAUUAUGUCCUAUGCGUCGUGGAAUGUGUGUCACAUAAUAGUAGGAAGAUACUUCGCAUGUCCACAAAAGUUUCUUAGCUGAAAGAUUUCUUCUGUUUGAUGGUCAUUUGCUUUCACUUCAUUUUUUCUUUCUUUUUGUUAUGUAAUUAGUACUGGUAUAGCAUUAUUUGAAAGUUAAGCCACGAUUUUGAAAAGUACCCACUAUUGUGAUUGUUUUUCCAUUACACCUUGGCAUUUUUUUAAUCACUUAUUAUUAUUGUUCAAAAUUCAUUACCCUUUUGGCAUUUUUUGCACAUCAAUAAUCUGUGGAAUACUAUUUCAUUUGAACUGGUAAUUAGCACAAUAUAGAUUUCAGAUUGUUACACAUCAAAUGUAUAAAUAUGCUAUCUUUACAAUAACAUUUCAUAAAAUGGUAUUAAAUGACUUUGCUGGAAUUUCGAUUGAAAUUUUAAUAAAUUGAAAUGUCCAUGUUUUUGAACAGUGAGAUCAUAUCGAAGUUUAUGUUGGUUGUUUCAAUAUGUGUACAAAAUAAACCAAUUUAAAUGUGGA